UUCUUACUUCUUGUUCUCGUUUAUUCGAUUUAUCAUGGAGAAAGUAAAUGUUGAAUUCUUAUUUGUUCUCGACUAUCUUUUAGCUGAAGGAAAAAAGGAAUGGAAAAGUAUAAUUACUGGCUUUUUACCCAUUGGCAUAUGUUUGGUGGCUGUGAUGCAAUGGAGAGCCUUCAGGAGGAGACAGGGAGACAAAGUUGCUACCCAAUGGGAAAUCAGCUGUUACUGCAUGUUACCACUGAGGACCCUUUCUAGAUAUUGGGGAUAUAUAGCAGAUAUAAAUCUGCCUGAAUUCCUGAGACCAUCGAUUUACCAACUUUACUCUAACACUUUUGGAGUGAAUAUUUCUGAGGCUGAAAAUGAAGACCUGAAGUCCUAUCCAAGCCUGUCAGACUUUUUCGCAAGAUCUUUGAAGGAUGGUGCUAGAGAGAUAGAUAAGGAAAGCUGCCUUGUGUCUCCUUGUGAUGGUACUGUUCUCCAUUUAGGAACAGUCGACAAAGAACAGGUAGAACAGGUGAAAGGAGUAACUUAUUCACUGAAAAGCUUUUUGGGUGAAUCUUGGAUGGAAAAUAAAUCAGAUAGAGACUUCAGAACUUCACUGCUUCACCGCCCCCACGAUGGAAAUACACUGUAUCAAUGCAUUAUUUAUUUGGCACCAGGAGAUUAUCAUAGAUUUCAUUCACCAGCCGAAUGGAAACCAACUCACCGUAGGCACUUUUCAGGAGAACUUCUAUCAGUUAAUCCCAGUAUUGCAAAAUGGUUGCCAGGAUUAUUUAUCCUCAAUGAGAGAGCUGUUUAUUUGGGACAGUGGGAACAUGGAUUCUUUUCUUAUACUGCAGUAGGGGCUACAAACGUUGGAACUGUAAAAGUUUACUUUGAUGAUACUCUACAAACUAAUCAACCAAACAGAUCCAAACAAUGUCGAGAACACCACCUUGGCAGUGCAAUAGGUCUUAAGAAAGGUGAAAUUGUUGGGGAGUUCCGCAUGGGUUCAACCAUAGUACUGAUAUUUGAGGCUCCUGACAAUUUCAAAUUCUCCAUUAUGCCUGGAGAUAGAGUCAAAAUGGGACAACGUCUAGGUUGUGUUGAACAUCAGAAAUUUGUUGAUAGGUUACUCAAUGAGAGAAUAAUUUAUAAAGGCGCUAGUUAAUCGUAUUAUUCCAUAAUAGUAUUUAUUUAGGUAUUAAAUAUUGUGAUAUUUUUUAAUAAAAUGUUGAAAAUAGAAUUGAUUAGUGUCAUUAUAUUUUUUCCUUAUUUUUUUUAAGAAAGGAGAACAUGUACCAAUAGUGUUAAUUUUAUUACUUUUACCCCCAUUACUCAUUGUAAUCAGUAAUCGGCAGCUUCAUCAUUAGUGGUUAUUCAUCUCAAUUUUGAUUUUAAAUUUUUUCAAGUAAGGGAAGACCUUGAGUUUCAAGGUGUUAUAUGCAGAUGUCAUUUCGACGGGUUCAUUAAAUUGUAUACC